UACGGACAGGCGGUGGGCAUGUGAAAUAAAGACCGUGAGAAUGGAUAGAAGGACCUACGCCGUAAUUGUGUUACUGUUUCAGCUUCUGGACUUAAUACGCGGACAGUUUUUUCCAGGCGGAUGUUCGUUUGAAGAGCACUACAGCAGCUGUGGGUACAGCGUGGCUUUGGGAACUACCGGAUUCGCCUGGGAACAAGUCAACACCUGGGAGAGGCCGAGCAUGGAUGCUGCCGUUCCCACAGGCUCCUUCAUGGUGGUGAACGCCUCUGGCCGGGCCUCAGGGCAGAAAGCCCACCUGCUCCUGCCCACGCUGAAGGAGAACGACACGCACUGCAUCGACUUCCACUACUCUCUGUCCAGCCGAGACAGCUCCAGCCCGGGCACGCUCAACGUCUACGUCAAGGUCAACGGCGGCCCGCAGGGGAACCCCGUCUGGAACGCCUCGUCCUCCGUCACCGAGGGCUGGGUCAAGGCCGAGCUCGCCAUCAGCACCUUCUGGCCCAACUCCUACCAGGUGAUAUUUGAGGCCAUAUCGGUGCAGGGCCACCCAGGAUUCGUUGCGGUGGAUGAAGUGAGAGUGCUGGCACACCCCUGCAGGAAAGCUCCACACUUUCUGAGGCUGCAGAACGUGGAGGUGAACAUGGGACAGAACGCCACCUUCCAGUGCAUCGCCGGGGGCAAGUGGUCUCAGCACGACAAGCUAUGGCUGCAGCAGUGGAACGGGAAGGACACGGCGCUCAUGGUCACGCGGGUGGUGAACCACAGGCGCUUCUCAGCCACGGUGAGCGUGGCAGACACGGCCCAGCGCAGCGUGAGCAAGUACCGCUGCGUGAUCCGAUCCGACGGGGGAUCGGGGGUGUCCAACUACGCCGAGCUGAUUGUAAAAGCUCCGCCCACCCCCAUCGCCCCGCCCGAGCUGCUCGCGGUCGGCGCCACCUACCUGUGGAUCAAGCCCAACGCCAACUCCAUCAUCGGCGACGGGCCAAUCAUCCUGAAGGAGGUGGAGUACCGCACCACCACGGGGAACUGGGCCGAGACCCACAUCGUGGACGCCCCCACCUACAAGCUGUGGCACCUGGACCCCGACGUGGAGUACGAGAUCAAGGUCCUGCUCACCCGGCCCGGGGAGGGGGGCACCGGGCCCCCAGGACCCCCCCUGGUCACCCGCACCAAGUGCGCAGACCCGGUCCACGGUCCCCAGAACGUGAACGUGGUGGACGUGCGGGCGAGGCAGCUGACCCUGCAGUGGGAGACGUUCGGCUACGCGGUCACGCGCUGCCACAGCUACAACCUGACGGUGCAGUACCAGUACGUCUUCAACCAGCAGGAGUUUGCGGCCGAGGAGCUGAUCCAGACCUCCUCGCACUACUGCCUCCGCGGCCUGAGGCCCUUCGUCACCGUGCGGCUCCGCCUGGUGCUGGCCAACCCGGAGGGCCGCAAGGAGAGCGAGGAGAUCGUCAAGCAGACCGAGGAGGACGUGCCUGGCUCAGUCCCCACGGAGUCCAUACAGAGCAAUCCGUAUGAGGAGAAGAUCCUGAUGCAGUGGAAAGCCCCGAACGAGACCAACGGAGUCAUCACUCUAUAUGAGGUCACCUACAAGGCUCUCAGCUCCUUGGACCCCAGCGCGGUGCUGUCCUCCCAGAGGGGCACGGUCUUCAAGCUUCGCAACGAGACGCGGAAUCUCUUCGAGGGCCUCUACCCCGGCACCACGUACUUUUUUACCCUCAAAGCCAGCACCAACAAGGGCUUUGGACCGCCUGUCACCACCCGAAUCACCACCAAGAUCGCAGCGCCGUCCAUGCCUGAUUACGAGAGCGAAGCGCCCCUGAAUGAAACGGACACCACCAUCACUGUGCUGCUGAAGCCCGCACGCUCCAGAGGAGCUCCCGUCAGCUCCUACCAGCUGGUGGUGAAGGAGGAGCGGAAGCAGAAGUCUCGGAGGGCGGUGGACGCGGGCGAGUGCUUCUCCGUGCCCGUCGGCUUCAGGAACGCCACCGUCCUCGACUCCCCGCACUACUUCGCGGCCGAGCUGCUUCCCGCCAGCCUGGCCGUGGUGCAGCCCUUCACCGUGGGCGACAACAAGACCUACAACGGCUUCUGGAAUGCCCCCCUCUCGCCCGUCAAGAGCUACAGCAUUUACUUUCAGGCCCUGAGCAAAGCCAAUGGGGAGAUAAAAAUCAACUGUGUGCGACUGGCGACUAAAGUGGUAAUAGGUAGGGGACAAAUAACAACGCCGUACGUUCUUGUCAUCCCCAGCGAAGGCGCCUCCACGCAGAACUCCAACGCCGUGGAGCCGGAGAAGCAGGUGGACAGCACCGUCAAGAUGGCGGGCGUCAUCGCCGGGAUCCUCAUGUUCGUCAUCAUCCUCCUGGGCGUGGUGCUGACCUUCAAGCGCAGAAGACAUGCGCAUUCCUACUCUUAUUACCUGAAGCUGGCCAAAAAGCAGAAGGAGACGGCCAGCAGCAGCACCCAGAGGGAGAUGGGCCCCGUGGGGACGGCCGACAAGAGCACGGGCAAGGUCAGCACCCUGCACAAGGACGACCCCUUCUCCACCAGCACCCAGGACCUCAACAGCUUCCCAUCCCCCUCUCCCUGCUCCUUCUCUGUACAGGGCAAAACUCUUCAAAGCAAAAGUCUCUUGAAUUCCUACUACUCAGUGUCCAAGGAGCCAAUCCCUGCAACUGCCUCUUUAGACAGCAGCCAUGGAGACAUCCCCCAGCCCACGCUGAGCAUCCAGACCUACCCGUACGGAGGGUGCGAGUCGGUGGAAAUGUCCUACCAGGCCGGUCAGUUCCAGCCGGCCAUCCGCGUGGCCGAUCUCCUGCAGCACAUCACCCAGAUGAAGUGUGGCCAGGGCUACGGCUUCAAGGAGGAGUAUGAGGGGCUGGCAGAAGGGCAGACGGCUCCCUGGGAAACUGCUAAAAAAGAUGAAAAUCGCAACAAGAACCGAUAUGGAAAUAUCAUCGCUUAUGAUCACACGAGGGUGAGACUGCAGCUGCUGGACGGGGAUCCACACUCAGACUAUAUCAACGCCAACUACAUCGAUGGCUACCACAGACCGAGGCACUACAUCGCCACUCAAGGGCCGAUGCAGGAGACUGUGAGGGACUUCUGGAGGAUGAUUUGGCAGGAGAAUUCCGGCAGUAUUGUCAUGGUUACCAACCUGGUGGAAGUGGGCAGGGUGAAGUGCGUGAGGUACUGGCCCGACGAAACGGAGGUUUACGGAGACGUCAAGGUGACCCUGAUGGAGACGGAGCCGCUGGCAGAGUACGUCAUCCGGACCUUCACGGUGCAGAAGAAGGGCCACCAUGAGAUCCGGGAGAUUCGGCAGUUCCACUUCACCAGCUGGCCCGACCACGGGGUGCCCUGCUACGCCACGGGCCUUCUGGGCUUUGUGCGCCAGGUCAAGUUCCUCAACCCCCCUGAUGCCGGGCCCAUCGUGGUCCACUGCAGUGCUGGAGCAGGCAGAACAGGCUGCUUCAUCGCAGUGGACAUCAUGCUGGACAUGGCGGAGAAUGAGGGAGUGGUGGACAUCUUCAACUGCAUCCGAGAGCUGCGCUCACAGAGAGUCAACAUGGUGCAGACCGAGGAGCAGUACGUCUUCGUGCACGACGCCAUCUUGGAAGCCUGCCUGUGCGGAAACACGGCCAUCCCGGUGUGCGAGUUCAGGGCCAUAUACUACAACAUCAGCCGACUGGACCCGCAGACCAACUCCAGCCAGAUCAAAGACGAGUUUCAGACGCUGAACAUCGUGACCCCGCGAGUGCGGGCUGAAGACUGCAGCGUGGGGCUGCUCCCCAGAAACCACGAUAAGAACCGCAGCAUGGACGUGCUCUCCGUGGACCGCUGCCUCCCCUUCCUCAUCUCCGUCGACGGAGAGUCCAGCAACUACAUCAACGCGGCGCUCAUGGACAGCCACAAGCAGCCAGCGGCCUUCAUCGUGACCCAGCACCCACUGCCCAACACGGUGGCUGACUUCUGGAGGCUGGUGUUCGACUACAACUGCUCCUCCAUCGUGAUGCUGAACGAGAUGGACGCCGCACAGCUCUGCAUGCAGUACUGGCCAGAGAAGAGCUCCUCCUGCUAUGGCCCUAUCCAGGUGGAGUUCAUCUCAGCCGACAUCGAUGAGGACAUCAUCAACCGCAUCUUCAGGAUCUGCAACAUGGCACGGCCUCAGGACGGCUACCGCUUGGUGCAGCACUUCCAGUUCAUUGGCUGGCCGGCGUACCGGGACACGCCCCUGUCCAAGCGCUCCAUCCUGCAGCUGGUGCGCCGCCUGGCCAAGUGGCAGGAGCAGUACGACGGGGGCGACGGACGCACCGUGGUGCACUGCCUCACGGGUGGGGGCCGCAGCGGGACUUUCUGUGCCAUCUGCAGCAUUAGUGAGAUGAUCCAACAGCAGAACAUCGUGGACGUCUUUCACACGGUCAAGACGCUAAGAAACAACAAGUCUAACAUGGUGGAGACCAUGGAGCAGUAUAAGUUCUGUUACGAAGUGGCACUGGAGAGCCUGAGCUCGUUCUGAGAAGCCGUCUCAGGAAGAGGAGUUUGCUGGCAGCGGGACCACUCCAGCGCACUGACAGACUGCAUUUGCAGGGAGGCCUGUGGGAAUCACACAAGCAAAAAAAAAAAGAAGAAAAAAACUAAAGAAGAAAAAACCAACUGUACAGCGAGGACCUCCCUCCACGCCGGGGCUACCUGUUCUCUGCCCCGACCCCGGGCCCUUAUAACUGUAAAAAAAGACAUGUUAAUAUACCGCUUUCUUCAGUGUCUGCCGUACAUACGUCCAUUCUCGGGCUGUAUUGUGAUCUUGUACAGUAAUUUCCUUUUUAGAUAUAUGCCUUGAAUGUUCUCCUCAGUAUAAAAAUAACACAGACAAACAGACAAAACUCAUAAUGAAACAGAAAUGCAACAAAACUUUGUAAAAACACUGGAAAAAAAAAAAAACGUCUAACUGGAAGGAAUCAAACUUUCCAAGCCCGGCAGUCUGACAGCAAACUACAAAAUACAGCUUCUCUCAUGGCAGAACAAAGUGAAAUGUAUCUUUUUUUAACAGUUUUUCAUGGUUCCUAUUUCAGCGCUAAAUGCACACACACACACACUUUCUCUCUCUUUCACACGCACACACAUACAGACACACACACACACACAUUCUCCCUCUUUCACACGCACACACAGACACACACACAGGAUGCAGGAUUUGGGAUAGUUCAGCAAGAGAUUUGAUCUUGGUCAGUUUUAUGUGUUGUUUAUUUCUCAUAGUUGAGUUGCUUCCUGUGUCCUGCAGACAAUCAGAGCUCUAGAUAUCUAGUGCUUUUGUGCUUUGUGGCUUUAGAAGCCAUUGGGAGCAGAGGCCACACUUUUAUAACAUAUUCUGACUGCACUACUGGAUGCUGUAAAACCAAUGCCUCCAAAAACUAUACCCUUACAGUUUCUGUGACUAAAAUCUAUACCGUUACAUUUUCUGUGACUAAAUUCUACACCCUUACCGAGUUUGUGUGCAAAAUAUACACCCUUUCUAUGACCGAAAUCUAUACCCUUAUAGUUUCAAUUAAAAAAUCUACAUACAGAGCUUCAGUGCACCCUUGGUUUUACUGCACAAAAUCUAUACCCUAUAUCUAUACAAAAUAUACAUGGUUACAGUGUUUCUGUGCACUAAAUCUACAACCUUAGGUUCAGUACACACAAUCUACACCCUUAAUACUUUCAGUGCUAAAAAUCUACACCCAUAGUUUCAGUGCACAAUUUCAACACCUGUAGUUUCAGUGCUCAAAAUCUACACCAGUAGUUUCAGUGCACAAAAUCUCAACCUUUAAAGUGUUUUCUGGGGACUCCUCUAUUUUGUCUUUUGCACUUUAUUUUGCGGGAAAAAACUCAUUUACCUCAGAAGCUGUGCACAAUGUAAAUUUCUUAUUUUUUGAAUUGAUUGUGCCAUAUUUGCAUCACUUAGCUUGCAAAAAUUCCCUAAAUUGUGCAAGCAGAAGCCAAUCUGAAAGUUUCUAUGCUCAUAAAGACAUGCUGACAGUCACCUGGGAUACACCACAUAAACUGCUCUCUUCGGCUUCUAUUAUUAUUCUUUUAUUUACAUUAUUAUUUUAUUUACAUUUAUGUUCAAUAUCAAUCCAAAUGCAAAGAUGCUUUGUCUUGCUGUUCUGCACAGACGGGCCUGAAUUUGAGCAGCAUUUGUCCACAGAUCUGAGUCUGAAGUAGAUGCAUGUACGUACAUCACCAAAAUGUGUGUGGUAAACGCUGCGUUUGCUGUGAAAAACUCAGCACCUGCAUUUUGUGCAGGGGAGGACAGAUGUUAUUUGGAUCCAAGCCUCCUCUUCUGAAAGCAGCAGCUCAGAAAAUUGGGGAGUUUUCGUUUGCCGGGUCAUUCGUCCCCAACAAAACAAAAAAGACAAAAAUAUGUUCGGUUGGAAAUGGGAGCAACUCAAUUUUGCAUGAAGACAAUAUUCUGACUGCAUCUUUUUCUGUUGAGCAGUUAUGAAAAAGUGUUUGGAGUUUGGCCAUUUGAACUUUUUCCAAAAUGUGAACAGCUAACUUUAAUUUAAGGUAAAAGCCUAAAAGCCUGGUGUAAAUGAAAUCAACCUGUAAAAUUUACCCAUAACUUCCACAUGAAAAUGAAGAAUUUUACAAUUAAAUGCAACAGUUAGGUUUCGUUUUUCUUCAAACAGUAAUAAAAACAGUUUUGCGAGUGCAGCAAAUUAAUGAAAAAUAAUUUGUGACUUCACGGUAAAUGUAAUACUUGUAUUGAAAUGAAAGUCAAAGGUAAAAUGCCAAGCCAUGUACUGAAUAAAUCCAAGCAAUUGUCUUUAUACAACAUUUAUGACAAUAUGUAUUUAUUAAACCUGAAGGCUACAGUCAUGGCAAACACUGUUACAAUACGGUUAUUUCUUUGUAAAUGAAACAUGAGAUUGUUUGGAUUUUCUUCAUUCUGUCUGGAUUUUUUUUUUUUCUUUUCCCUUAAACUUUUCUCCUGUAUUUGUACAUUUUUAUUUAUCUUAAUAGCAAUGUGAUAUUUAGAUCUGGUUACUGAAUUGCCAUGGUUGUUUUGUUGUUUGAAAUGUGGUAACGCCAAUAAAGGGACCAAAUGUUGAAAUGCAA